GUGGAAGGACGAAAUGCCUACAGCCUAAAAAGCCGUUACGAAAAUACAAUCUCCUUUGUCGCUAUUUGGUCCCAAAAGUCGAAUCUCUCUGUUUCAUUUUUCAAAGCAAGAAACCUUCGGGAAAUCUUCGAGUUCGAAGCUGGAUCGUUGGACAGAGCGACCGCUUUGGAUCUGCAGGUGAACCGGAUAGAGAUAUUGUUAUAGAAGCCAGGGAACUGUGCGAUUAGGCAUAUUUCUUAUUCCUAAAUAAACUAGUUCUUUCCCCAAGAAUUUGAGCUAAGUAAUGGACGAGGAGAAAAAGAAAAAGAAGAACAAGAAAAAGAAAGGCAGGCAAACUAAGGUUGCCGAAGAUGUGUCGGAUGGUGUUGGAGCAACAACUUCCCUGGAGCAUAAUCAUGUAGAUUCUAUAGAACAGAACCACUGCAACCAAGUAUCUGGGACUGUGAAUGUUCAAAUGCCAGGAGUGGUGGAAACAAAUGUAAGCUUGGACAGACAUAAUGAUGAUGGUGUGAAAAUAGCUAGUCUAGAUGAGAAAAUCAGACAAUUGCAAAGUGAAAAUGAUUCCAUCAUCCAGAGGAAGGCUGGUCUAGAUGAGGAAAUCAGACAAUUGCAAAGUGAAAAUGACUCCUUCAUCCAGAGGGAGGCUGGUUUGGAGAAGAAAAUUAUAAACUUGCAGAAUGAAAAAGAUUCCUGGCUCCAAAAGGAGGUUAGUCUAGAGGAGAAAAUCAAACAAUUAUUGGAUGAAAAGGAUUCUUGUAUUCUAAAAGCGAAUUCAAUGAAUGAAAUGAUUGGUAGACUAAAUGAAGAGAGCAUGCGGCUACAGACACAGGUGAAGGAGUUGGAAGAAUAUAGGGUUAGUCUUGUACAAGAAAAGCAGCAUUUGGUGGAAACCAUUUCUUCUCUUCAGUUGCAGCUUCAGAACCUUGAAAGGGAGACUUCCUUUUCUGCAUCCUCAACUAUAGAUAUGACAAAGCAUGUCUCUGAACGUGAGGAUUUGAAUGCUCAGAUAGAAGCAGGACGCGUACUAGCUGACAAACUAAUUGCUGAAAAUACACAACUUGUUGAAAAGGUGAAUGAACUGUACAUUGAGCUUGAUCGACAAAGUGUAAGAGCUGCACAUUCUUCAACAGGUGGAUUUGAUCCAGCUGUAAUGUUAGGAACUGCCACCACUGCAGAAAAUGUUUCAGAGUCCAGUGAGAAGAUGUCUGCAUCAGGUGAGAGGAUGGAAUCCUUUGAAACUAUCCAAAUGGGAGACAGGAUAAGCACCACUAACAAUGCAGAUACAGGCAUCAGUGCCAUCACUACAAUCCAGAUAGAUGAAUACCCUGCAUCAUAUGAAGCGGGCGGCGGGUCUGAAGAAAUUGUGCAGGUUCCAUUGGAUGACAGUGAAGUUCAGGAGAAUGAGAUACCAGUAGCAGCAUUGGAAGCUGAAGAAAAUGUUACCUUGCCACUAUCAGAUGCGCCACUAAUUGGGGCCCCUUUCCGGCUGUUCUCUUUUGUUGCUAAAUAUGUUAGCGGUGCUGAUUUGGUUAACAAAAACACUACGAAUUCUAGUCGGUAGGAUAAAUUUUGAAUAUUUUUUAAUUUUAUUUUUAUUUUUAUUACCUUUGAUUUAAUAUCCCAUAAUCUCCCAAACUCUCCCAACUAUAACAGAUUAAAGAAUAUAUAGAUUGAAAAAAGAAUUUACUUCA